AUGAAAUUCUCGCAUUCGCUUAAGUUUAAUGCUGUACCUGAGUGGCAGGACCAUUACUUGAACUACUCUGGUUUAAAGAAAGUCAUCUACAAUGCUCAGCAGGAGCAGUUGGAAAACGGUCAACCUCAGGAUGGAUCCGUGGUCAUGAACCAUGCCACCAUUUCUGAGUUGAUCAGAAUUGCCCGGAGAAACCAGGCCAUCGCCGACAGAAGAGAGGCGUUGGCACAAGCCAAGGAGAAGGAUGGCUCGCUGGAAAGAUACACGGCAACCAAAAUCAUCAACAAGUUCAAGCAGAGGAAGGGCACUCUGGCUAAAGCAUCUAGCCCAGAAGCUUCUCAAGAAGACUUGGAAAAGGGCGUCGUGGCCACUGAAAAUGCAGAGAAAGACGACAUCAAUGAGAUCCAGGUGACAUACUCUUUUGACAAUGACGAGUCGACAUAUCGUGGAUCUCUUGACAUGGAUGCCUGGACAGCUGCUGCGGGAUCCAUAUCUGCAGAGUCUUCGGACCCCCUUCCUGUGUUUGCUAAGCAUUUAGUAGAUGAGGUCACAAAAAUUGACAGAUUCUUCAAGCCAAAAGAAGUUGAAGUGUACAAGCAAUAUGAUAACCUCAUAAAAGAUUUGGAAGCAAACAGACAGCAUAUUGACGCUUACCUUUUUACUGAAGCCUACGGCAAGGAAAACUACGACGAAAAUGAGCAUCGCAAUUUGCAUAUUAAGUCCACUUUGGAAAGAACAUUAAGUAAUGCAUCAGUUUUCGAUACCGUCAAUCAUUUGGACUACGAGGAUCUUGAGAAGGCUGACUUUUUGGAAGAAGAUGAGGAUGAUGACGAGGAAGAUGAAGACGAGCAUGACCACCGCUCGAGCUCAGCGUUGCUCGGAAGAGACGAUUUUGACAUUAAGCAGCAGAAGCAAAUCACUCUAAAGCAGCGGUCCACACAUUUAUUCAUCACCUUGAGUGAGUUGAAGUCAUUCAUUGAGUUGAAUAGAAUUGGAUUCACCAAGAUCUGCAAGAAGUUCGACAAGACAUGCAACUACUCCAUCAAAGAAGACUUCGUCAAUAACUUUUUGCCGAACAACUCCAGAACAUUUUUUCCAGAGACCUCGGAAAUUCUUGAUCACAAAAUUGACCAUAUUGUUAAAGUGUACGCUUUCCUUUCUGGCAAGGCUGUCAACAAUGCAAAAUCUGAAGACUUGGAGCCCAUCAAUGAUGAGCUUAGGACGUAUUUAAGAGACCAUAUUGUGUGGGAAAGAAAUACCGUCUGGAAGGAUUUACUUUCUAUCGAGAAAAGACAAUACAACUUGAAUCUCGAUGAGAGUGCUGCGAGAAACAACAAGAUGGGCGAUGAGGCUCACUUAACUUCGUUGCUUUUAAUGCGCUGGAAGAAGGUACAGUUGCCUUUCGGUUGGAGAAUUUUUAAGCGUGACUAUGUCAAGCUUCCCCAGUUUUUGUUCACCACACAAAUCAUUAAGCUCGCAGUGAUCAUUCCAGUCUUCAUCGUUCUUUUGACGGUCAAGACCAUGAACGAUAAGGAAGAAGCUCGUUGCUUGGCUGUUCUUGCUGCAUGUGCCAUGUUGUGGGCAUCUGAAGCUUUACCUUUGUGGGUUACAUCAUUGUUAGUGCCUUUGCUCGUCGUUACAUGCAAGGUUUUGAAGAAUGAGGAUGGCGAAGCUAUGGAAGCUGCAGCCGCUUCCAAGGCAAUUUUGUCGGCAAUGUGGUCAUCGACACUCAUGAUUUUGCUCGGUGGAUUCACUUUAGCUGCGGCCCUUUCCAAGUACAAUAUUGCCAAGGUUGUCUCCUCGUUCAUGUUGGCAUUUGCAGGGACUAAACCAAGAAAUAUUCUUCUUGCAAUCAUGAGUGUUUCUUUGUUUUUGUCUAUGUGGAUUUCGAAUGUGGCUGCUCCUGUGUUAGCUUAUUCUUUGAUUCAGCCGGUCUUGAGAACCUUACCAACAACUUCCCCACUUUCACAAGCAUUAGUAUUGGGAAUUGCCUUGGCUUCUAAUCUUGGUGGUAUGGCAUCUCCAAUUGCAUCACCACAAAAUGUCAUUGCUAUCGAGUACAUGAACCCUAACCCUGGUUGGGGUAAGUGGUUUGCGAUCGCCCUUCCUGUCGCCAUAUUGUCCAUGGUUGGUAUCUGGAUGGAGUUGAUUAUGACGUUCAGAAUUUCUCAGACUAAAGUAAAAGCAUACAAGCCUAUCAAGGAGAAGUUUACAGCCAAACAGUGGUACAUUAGUAUCGUCUGUGUCGCAACUAUCUUACUUUGGUGCGUUUUGAGUGAGAUUGAGGACACAUUUGGCUCGUCCGGUAUUAUUGCAGUCAUUCCUAUCGUUUUGUUCUUCGGGACCGGUCUCUUGAAAGUCGAUGAUGUUAACAAUUUUCCAUGGACUAUUAUUUUGUUGGCCAUGGGUGGCCUUGCAUUGGGAUCCGCAGUCACAAGCUCGGGUCUAUUAGCAACUGUUGCUAAGGCAUUGCAAAGAAAAGUAGCCGAUUUCGAUGCCUUCGUUGUUUUAGCAAUCUUUGGUAUCUUGAUUCUUGUUGUAGCAACAUUUGUCUCACACACCGUUGCUACUAUUAUUAUCGCUCCUUUGGUUAAAGAAGUUGGGGACUCCAUGUCAACCCCUCACCCAUUAUUGUUGAUAAUGGGUACAGCUUUGAUGGCAUCUGCUGCUAUGGGUUUACCAACAUCUGGGUUCCCUAACGUUACCGCCAUCAGUAUGACAGAUGAAGUUGGACAAAGGUACAUCUCUGUAAACACUUUCAUUACAAGGGGUGUCCCUGCGUCGCUUAUAGCAUACGUGAUCACCAUCUCUGUGGGUUACGGCAUCAUGACAUGCUUGAGCUUUUAG